UAUCUAAGCUGAAUGUAUUGACUAUUGAUUUUGACAGUAUUUACAGUUGAGGAUGAAAUCGUCUCCAUCGUAUUAAUUUAGUUUGAGAAGACGAAGUGUACAAACUGCUGCGUCUCUGUGGGUGUCGAACCUGCCUGUGUUUGGUAUUCCGUGCAGAAAGCCUCCCACGCCCCGUGUGUCCACCCACGCGCGGAUUUGCGUCACGCAGGGAGCAGCGUGGGCGAGAGAGAGAGAGAGAGAGAGGCUCUGUGGCAACCGCGCGGAAUAUCCCACUUUAUUAUUCUGCGGCCCGCGUGAAGCUGCCUGCAGUUAGAGCGCAACAAAGACCGGAAGUGUUGACAAAAUAAAAGCUUCUAAAAUGUGAUCUGGUUUGGUAAAAGAAGAAGUACUUUAACUUAAGCCAAAAUAGCAAUACAGCUCUGUAAACAUCAUAAUUAUUAUAUUUAUUUAUCUUGAAUGGUGUUUGUUAUUUGUUUACUUUUAUUCAUUAUUGUUCUUUCUAUGUCUUUUGACAUUUUAUGAAAAAGAAGCAGAGCAAUAUCAUGUUUUGUUAUCUUCAUCAAUGAUGCAACACAAUUAGAAACAAACGAAAAUUCAAAGUAAAAGUCUUACAUUCCAGUAAAAGUGCAACAUUAUUAACAGUACUCAAAGUACUUAAAGUAAAGUGCUUUGGUCCCUUUCACAGCGUUAUAUUAUUGCACAUUUUAACUACUUUAUGUGUUUAAGUUUAAUGAUUCGUAUUUUAUACAUUGUUCACCUUUUUAUUUAUAAAGUUGUAAUAUGUAAUGUAAGAUAAAUGUAGUGCAGACAACAAUAUAAGAUUUAUCUCUGAAAUGCAAUACUUGUUUUACUUCUACUUCAUUACGAUCUUUAAUGUACUUUCACUCGUAGUAGAGUUGUUGCUACCUUUACUAAAAUAUGUGAAUACUUCUUCCACAUCAAAUAAAGUAGCAAACGUCAGUAAAAAUACAUGUUUGUGUGGAAUCUGCAGGAAAAAAAAUCACAUCAUAAAGAUGAUCAUAUUUGAGUAUAUUUGGCACAACAAUACACUUUUUUAUUUUGAGGAUUGAAGCCUCCAACACGCGCUCAUCAGCUGUGCUUUUAUUUCUUCACUGCAGCCGGAAGUGUGUGUGUGUGUGUGACUGUAUGUGUCUUGACAGUGGUGAACAGUGCAGGGGAGUGGAGAGAGACUCAAACACUCACACACUCACACUCACACACACACUCACACACUUGGAGGAAAAAGACGCACAAAAAGACGCACGAAGGUCAGCGGCUUUUUUUUUUUUACUGAUAUUCUGCGCUUUUCUCUCUUUCUCUCUCUCGCCCUCCCUCUCUUUCUCUCUCUCUCAGCGGCAGCAGAAAGAAAAAGUUUCCAGAAGGAGACGAAGAGGAGACGAGUGUCGCUCCGUUUGAGCACGCAGAGACAAGCACGCGCUCUCCGGCUUCUUUUUUUGGAAUAAUUUUCCAAUUUCUUGCCUUUUCUUAGAUUAUCUUUGAUUUUACGCGCACGGGGGAUCCCUUCUGUGCGCGCUUUCUCUCUCUGCACACAUUCACACCCUGUGUGUUGAUAAACAGUGAGGAAGAAGAGGAAGAAGAAGAACCGGACCAGGAAGGACCAAAAGGGGCCAACAACUCUCCAGGUAUGGCGGCGGUGUUGCCGAGGACCCUGGGUGAGCUGCAGCUCUACCGGAUCCUGCAGCGGGCGAACCUGCUCUACUACUACGAGGCCUUCAUCCAGCAGGGCGGCGACGACGUGCAGCAGCUGUGCGAGGCCGGGGAGGAGGAGUUCCUGGAGAUCAUGGCCCUCGUCGGCAUGGCCAGCAAGCCGCUGCACGUGCGCCGCCUGCAGAAGGCGCUGCGGGACUGGGUCACCAACCCGGCCAUCUUCAACCAGCCGCUCACGUCGCUGCCCGUCUGCAGCAUCCCCGUCUACAAGCUGCCCGAGGGCUCGCCCACGCUGCUCAGCGCGCAGGACAGAGCCAACACGGCCAGCGUCAAGAUGCCCAAAGCCGUCGCCGCCGCCUGCUCAGACCCGGGGAAGCUGGACGUGGCGCGGGACAAAGUGUCGGCCGGGUCGCCCCUGCAGGGCGGCAGCGAGGCUCGGUUCUGGUCGGGCCACAGCAACGACAGCGAGCACAGCCUGUCGCCGUCGGACCUCGGCUCGCCGUCCUCGCCCAGAGACACGUUAGAGGCUCUGGACGCCGCGGCCGUCCAGUCGGUCCUCGAGUGCGUGGACAGGAUGGCGCCGGGACUUCCUAAGACGGACUUAUCCGAGGUCAAAGAGCAGCUGAAGAACAACAAGAAACUGGCAAAGAUGAUCGGACACAUCUUCGAAAUGAGCGACGACGAGCCGCGGAGGGAAGAGGAGAUUCGUAAAUACAGCGCCAUCUACGGACGCUUCGACUCCAAGAGGAGGGACGGCAAACACCUGACGCUGCACGAGCUGACGGUGAACGAGGCGGCGGCCCAGCUCUGUAUGAGGGACACGGCUCUGCUCACACGGAGAGACGAGCUCUUCGGACUCGCCCGGCAGAUUUCCAGAGAGGUCACGUACAAAUACACCUAUCGCACCAGCAAGUUUCGCUGUGGAGACAGAGACGAGGCGUCCCCUAAAAGGAUUAAAACAGAGGAGAACUUCUUCGACAUCCAGGAGGCGCUGCAGGCCAUCCACAUGAGGCAGGAGAUGCUGAGGGAGCAGCUGGCCUGCGCCAAGUCGAAAGGAGAAGAAACCGUCGGACGAAACCUGCAGAUGCAGCUGGAGCGUCUGCUGGCCCGGCAGAUGGAGAUCCUGCAGGACGCCGCCGUCCAGGAGCGACUCCAGGCUCUGGACUGGAGGAUCCCCCCCGCCGCCUUAAAGUACCUCAACGACGCCCAGAACACCAACGGAGCCGCCGCCGACGCCAGCAGAGACAACCAAGGUACGAACGGAGACGAGCGGCCGAUCAACUUGCGUGUGGUCAGUCAGAACAUGCAGGAAGGCGACCUCCCGUUGGGCAAACAGCUAGCCAAUGAACUGAAGCGCCAUCACAACCACAACAACAACAACAACAACAACAACAGCAGCAGCACAGACGAGACCAAAACACCAGCAACAGAAAACGGGACGUCGCAGCGAACGUCCAGCAACGCGGAGAAGAAGACCAUCAAAUCAGAGCCGGAAGACUCCACAUAGUGCCUCCCGCCUCGCCCCACGACACCCCCCAAACCAUUCUACUCACACUUGACAGUAUGCAGUUAUUACCCGUCAAUAGAUACUAAGCAAGCACAGACACAGUAGAGCCUUAACAACCAAUGUUGCCUCAUGAAUAGCAUUUAUUUUUCUUUGAUUUUGUCUUUCUGUUUCAAAGGUAUUUGCCAAAGCACCUAGAGAGCAUGUGGAGAAGCCCCUCAGUGCUCUGCAGGUCUUUGUCUGUUGAUUAACUGUACAUGUUAGACGUACAUGUACUUUAAGAGCGAUGUGUUUGUGUACUCUUUACCUCGGCCUGGGUGUUAUUAUAUUUGUUGCAGGCUGUGUUUCCGGGGCUGAGUCUUGACUCAGGCGUAGAUUCAGAGAUGAGAUAAAAGCAGUUGCUGCACGUCUUCAGCAUCAUGGUAACACUUUAUAUGACUACCAUGUAGCCAAUGGCCUUCUUCACUCACUUGUACCUUAAAACUGAAGCUUCAGAUGCUGAAUUUAAAGUUGGCAAUGACCUAAAUCUGAUGAAUAUUAGAUGGCUUUUCAUGAAGUUUGGUACGGUGAGCCUCAGACUAUUUAUGUACCACCACAUACAUGUGUUUAAAAUGAACGAGUGAAAUAUCUCCUCAACUAUGGAAUAGAUUGGCACGAAAUUUGAUAUUUGAUAAAAAAUCGGAAAACGUAUCUGUCCAAUACUUUAGUUUACGACCAAAUACCUGCAAAAGUAAAGACAUUCCCAUCGGCCUCAGUGUUCAAACAGACGCUGACCGUGGGAAACAUCACUUAUAAUCACAGGUAUUUUGGGGCCUUAUGCGUCAUAGUACAUCAUUAAGGCAGUCAUAAUGAAUAUUUAAUCAACACAUUGUAGAUGAAUUGUAAGACAAACUACAUAUAUGACUACGUCAGAACAAAAUAAUAAUGGUAGACAUACAAAGCGUUACCUAACUUUGAGAUUUAUGGCUAAUUGUCUGUAGCCAGAAAUUCACACUUAACUCACAGACGUCGACAAUAAGAAGAUCUUACCAGCAAUAGCCAAAGAUUUAGCAGCAUCCGGCCGGUGGCUUAUUGUCUCUGGUCGUCUCCUGAGCCUCCGUCAUUCUCCCAAAUCUAACUUGGGUGUCUGCAUUUGUACUGUAACUCAGAAACAAAGUACUGUAGGGAGAGUGAGUCAGGAUUCAGCCCCGUUAGAUUCUGUGUCGUUCACUUCAAAUGGGAAAAAACAGGAGCGGUGGGAUUAACCCUCCCUUCCUCGCUCCUGUCUUGUGUAUAUUUAUGGAAGGUAAUUUAAGAAGAGGAUGUAGAGGAGCUGUUGUAAAGUAACAGCAGGGGACCUCUGUCAUGGUAGGACGGCUGGGAGGCCGAGCUAAUUGCUUCAUUUCACUUUGUGAUUUAGCUAAACGCUGCUGUUGAACCACACGCCUGCAAACGGAGUAUUUCAGGAAUAGAUCUUUGUUUUUAUUAGAAAUGAUCCAACAAGCUUUCAGCAGGAAAUCCACUCAGUACGGAAACUUUCAACAGAAUCAAAUGGAAAAGAUUGCAGAUUUGUGGUUUUACGAGAACAGCCCUCCCAAAAAAAAGAAAAGAAGCUGAAAUCCUGUUUCUUGCAGCCUGGUGUCUGUAAAUAGUACCGUGAUAACAAGUAGUGCUAGCCUAAUCUCUCCACCAGGGUUUCCUUUGUCAAAUGUAACUUUGCUGUAGAUCUUUGGUGUCAAUAGUGUUUAUGUAUGUAGAGCAAAUACAGAAAAAAUAGAGCAGUGUGAAAGAUAUAAAACCCUGCUUUACAUGAUGAUGAUGUUGAUUAGCCUUAGCUCUUAACAGUGUUUAAUCCGCCUGUGAUGGCCAUCAGUGCAUAUUUCAAAGACGUGUUUUUGCUGUUUAGAGGUAGAUACAUUAAUAAGUGUUCACUGUGUUGUUUAUGUGUUCCCCACACUGUGUAAAUACGUCCGUUUGGUCCAAGAUGAUAAUACCGUCCAGAUAAUUUGGUCUCCCUGCAUAUAGUUUAGUCUCACUCAGCGUAUCGGCAGACCAAUGCAAUAUUUAUGUAAGUAAUAAGUCUAUUUGCAUUCUAUAUAGAUCCAUCAUUUUGUCGUGUAACUGUGUGUCGGUCAUGAACUCCAGCGUGGGAAGUGUUUUGUGUUCGCAGGGCACUGUAUUUGUAUUUAAAAAACAUUUUUUGCUCUUUCCAUGAGGUUUGUUUUGCUUCAAGAACGAAAGUUGGGGAUCUAGUUUGCUAAAGCUUAAAAACCAGCUGGUGCAUUUUGGGAGAUGAAGCCGUCGAGUUAUCGUGACCGUACGAUGUUUCUCACUGAUCACCGUUCUCCUCACUGUUUAUUGUAACGUGAUAGAUUAGGCUUCACCUAGUUAUGCACCUGUUUUUUAAACACUAAUAUAUUUUAUUUGUUAUACCGCACAUGAACAUUAAACUUUAUUUUUUUGAA